GAAAUGAGGGAGUUUAAAACAUCUCCUUGUUGUGAAGCACAGAUACCUCAAAAGCAAGUGCAGAAGGGGAUGGGAAACCUCCACACACCAGUGGCUGAAGAGCUUAAAGCAACAGGUGCCCUGGAACAGGGUAAGGAAGUUGCUUCUGGGAGCUGCUUGGAGAUACAGAAGAAAAAGUCAAUCUUGAAGCAUCAGGUCAAUGUCCAGAACCAUACUGGUUUGAAAGGUGACCUUGCUUCUCAGGACAGUGAAGCCAAGAGGAGACAGACCUCUGGCCCAACUGAUACACCCUCUGCAGCCCUUGGUUUUGAUAAUACAGGAUCUGAAAGGUCUCCUCCAUAUCAUGAAGAACAGAAUUUUCAAAAGCAACUACGGAAGAGGAUGGGAAACCUCCAGGCCUCAGAGACUGAAGAUCCUAAAGCUGCAGUAAAGAGGGUCUAUGACCAAGGGGAUCUGCUGGGUGAGGGUGGUUACGGGUCUACCUACGAAGGGUUCCGGAAGAGUGACGGACUGCUGGUGGCUAUCAAAUAUGUCUCCAAAUCAAAGGCUGAAAUGGUGAUGGAUACCGAGGGGCCCAUCCCUGUGGAGGUAGCCCUCUUGAGGCGGGUUAACUCUGCACCGUCCUGCCCUUACAUCAUACGGCUGAUAGAGUGGUUUGACCUACCCACUGAAUACGCCUUGAUUUUAGAAAGGCCCCACCCCUGCAAAGACCUGCUUGAUGUCUGCAUUUCUCUUGGGGGCAGACUGUCUGAAGAAUUGGCACGCAGUGUGAUGCUGCAUGUGGUCAAGGCACUCAUUCACUGUCAGAACCGGGGUGUCAUGCACCGGGAUUUGAAGCCUGAAAACCUGCUGAUGACCACUACAGAGAUCAAGCUGAUAGACUUUGGCUGUGGAGCAUUCCUGAAGGACACUCCUUUCUACCAGUUUUUUGGGACGGAGUUUUACUGCCCUCCAGAGGUGUUUUUGCAGAGGCGGUACCUGGCAGGGCCAGCUACUGUCUGGUCUUUUGGAGUGACGCUGUACCAUCUGGUGUCUGGCCAGCUGCCAUUCAAAAGCAGAGAAGAAAUCAUUAAACACAGUCUUGUCCUGCCAGAGACCUCGGAAGUAUGUAAACUUCUGAUUUCCUGGUGCCUGCAACCCAAACCAAAGAAUCGUCCAACACUUGAGCAGAUUCAGCGCCAUCCAUGGUUUCACUGACAGAUGAGGGAUCAGGGGAUCAUAAACCUGUUUAUCAGUCGCUGUGUGAGGCAAGUACCAUAGAUGUUAGUUAGCUGGACUUGAUGGUUAUA